UGGUGUGGUGAGAGCGUCAGAUGCAACACACCGGUCGGUGGUUCAGUGAAUCUCAACGCACCACUACACGCACAGACACCGGCGCAAACGUGAAUGCGAUCCGGUUUUUGACAUUCUCUCCGGUGGCGUUGAUAGAUAAGCGCCGGUGGAGCUGUGCGUUGGUGCGCGAAAUGGGUUGCCUUGUUGUUGUUGUUGGUGUUAUUGUGGUUUGCUCUGUCUCCCGUGUCUCCCGGCAUGACCAGGCACUCUGUUUGCUGACGGUGCAAAUUGACGCGUGUGCCACACAUUCGCGGAAGUUCAUUAAUACAUUAAUUCCGGUUAGGGGAGGGUUGGGGUUUGAUUUUGGGGAGAUUAAAUUAUUGUUCUAGUUUCUCUUUUUUUUCUCCGAGGGCGGAUUGUAUGAUUCAUUGGAGCACUUUUAGGGUUGUUUUUUCGAUUGAUCCAGUGUAAAUAAAUGAAUAUGUAUUACAGUGUGAAGGGGAAAACAGGGAAACAAUCGCACCAGAAUGGGAGUCGUAAUGGAAGGCAAAUAUUUGUGGGAAAGAAAAGUAGGUAAAGACACUUCAAACAUCUUGAAGAAAGUGCGAUCACUCGAGUGAUAGGGGGAUGGUUGAGUGGGUAUUAAUAGGGACAUGGAUGUGCUAUUACGCUAUCAUCAUGAUGAUUGCUGUCUUUCUACGGAAGAUGUUCAUAAAUAUUCAUUAUUCGUGAUCCCACAAAUUAAGGAAUGAAUUAUAAAUAAGCUGAAAUAGCUUAAAAAAUGUAUUUUUGGGUAUUGUACGACCUUGAUUUUUUGUUACCAUUCGGGCACUAAUUGCUCUAUAGAGUUCGCUCUAAUUGUUACUUCAGUCACUAUUCAAAAGACCCUCUCAUUAUCUUAUCUGUUGUCGUGCAGAACACGACACGACGCACACUACCAACUAUCAGCAAAUUCACAUCACUCAUGCAAGAUACAGAGGUAGGAAAUGUCCGUUUUAUAAUGUAUUGGAGUGAACUAGAGCGGAAUACUUGGAAUACUGUUUAGGAUGCCUACGGUGAGAGAAGCUCAGAUCUGUUGCUGCUCUUUCUCUUGACAUUAGUAUCUACGAGCAGAAAUCUAUAAGCUUACUAACAGUACUAACUAACACUAUUUAACAUUAGUAACUGACAGUACACCUGGCUGUUUUUACCAGUUAUGGCUAAACAUUGUUCCCUAACGACAACAGACUGUAAUGGAUGUAACACCCCUUUUGAGUCGUAAACAGAUGCCUUAAUUUGAUUGAUAAUAUUUUAUUUUAGUAUUUUUUUAAAUUUAUUUAAUUUAUUUACACCUUUCUAUACUUCACUCAUCUCCAACGGUCCAUCCAACAUUCAAAUCAAAAUCACGCUUUGCCAAUGUGGCGCCCUCUAUCGAGCAGUAGCGCAACCGAUGCGAAAGCUCCAUCCACCAUCGCCAGUUCAUACGGCGCUAUCUUGGCCAGUUUUGCCACGCACAAUAAAACGAACCCCUCUUCCCCGAACCCUCCCUGCGAUGACCGUGCAAAUAUAAAGCAACGGUUGGCCUUUUUAGGUUUCUACCCCAUUUCGCCCUAUCGCCCUAUCAUCCCCAACCCAAGAUCCCACCGAAAGCGCACCUUGUAAGUGGUUGCGCUUGCCCUGGGGCCGGGUCGGGUAUCUUAUCGGUGCGGCCAGCGUGAAGAUCAAUAAAUUAAUCGCACCCCGAAAAGGAAGGGGGGCUAGCGAGAUCGAUAGCGAUUGGAGUUCACUAGCCGCGCGGGCUUGCCAAUCUGUCAAGUGCCCGCUGCGGGCUGCUUACCGCGGAAGAAGAUCUCAGUACGGAGGCCACCAUUCCGCAACGCGGACGCGUUUCUUCGGUCGAGUGCAUUGUCAAGGGUGUUUCGCGCGUGUGGAAGGGACAGUCCGGUGCAAGAGUGUUGUGUAGAGCAAGCUUAUCAAUAAAUCGAGCCCGAUAAUGCCGAGCCUAAGACCGCUGUCUGCCCAGCUGGCAAAGAAGGCGGCGGACGAGCUGUUCGAAAAGCCGGAACGCAUCGACGAAGAUCUGGCCGCGCUGAGGGCCUGGUUGGCCAAGUGCCCGCACAUCAAAUCCCGCACCGAUGACCAGUUUCUGACGAUGUUCCUGCGCGGCUGCAAGCACAGCCUCGAGCGGGCCAAGGAAAAGCUGGACAUGUACUACACGGUCCGGACGGCACUGCCCGAGCUGAUGCGCAACCGCGAUCCGGAGGAGCCGAAGCUGCUGGAGCUGAUCAAGAUGGGUGUGGCCGUCCCGCUGCCGAACACGGUAACGCCCGACGGGCCGCGGAUCAUCCUGGUGCGCCCGGGUGUGUACGAUCCGAGCAAGUACACCAUCCAGGAGGUGUUCCGCUACAACACCAUGAUGUCUGAUAUUAUGAUGAAGGAAGAUGACAACCUGGUCGUCGCUGGGCAGAUGGGCAUUCUGGAUCUCUCCAACUGCACCAUGGCCCAUUUCCUCCAGUUCAGCCCCACGUUCGUGAAGAAGGCUACGAUGUGGAGUCAGGAAGGAUCGCCGCUGCGCCAGAAGGGUUUCCACUACGUCAACACACCCAGCGGCUUUGAGGUGGUGUACAAUCUGUUUAAGAAUUUCCUCAACGAGAAGAACCGAUCGAGGCUGUAUGUGCACGGUAGCAAUCUGGACUCACUGUACGAGCACAUACCGAAGGCCAUGCUGCCGGCAGAGUACGGUGGAGAUGCUGGCCCUAUCCAGGAGAUCGUCGAUGCCUGGGCGAAGAAGAUCAUCUCGUACCGGGAUUACUUCAAGGAGGAGGACCAGUACGGUACGGAUGAGAAGAAGCGUCCGGGCCGUCCGAAGAACGCGGACAGCCUGUUCGGGCUGGAGGGUUCGUUCCGGAAGCUGGAGGUUGAUUAGAUGAACUUAGGGGAGUGAUUUUGAGAAUUCCAAUAAAGAUCUCCUUUCUUUGUUUUUGGGGAGGAAAGCUGGGAAGAUGUGAA